GAAAUGUCUGUUGAGAAUUUCGUAAGGGCUUUUGGAGGAAUCUAAGACAUUUCUAGCCGAAAGUCUUGAAGAUUUGUGUCUUUAUCUAAUUAUGUGGAGUUCCAGAUGUCUCAGGGCCCUGUGUGAGGGGAGUUUCUACGUACAGAAGAUGCAAAAUCUUCCCAGUCUCUGCGCUCUACACACAUCUGUCGUCACUAUGGCAACACAGCAUGACGACAACGUCACUAAAAGUGUGAGCUCUCCACAAGUAACCAAGGGGGUGCCAGCAUCUGAGAGAAUAGCCAUGGAGACUCCAAGAGGCGCGCUCCCUCCCCUCCCACCAGACAACUGUUGUAUGAGUGGCUGCCCAAACUGUGUCUGGCUUGAACACGCAGAGGAGUUGUUAGAACACUACAAGGAUGGCGGAGAGAAAGCUUUGGAAGCCCUCGAACAGAUAGAGGAUCCGUCUCUCAAGAUGUUUCUUAAGAUGGAACUUAAGUCAAGGAUGACAUAGUGCCAUGAGAUUUGAAGUUCAAGAAAUAUGAAGAACACGUCAGUGCAUGAUGCCUUAAGGACUUCAUGCAGCUGUCAAUGCAAAACCUAAAGAGGCAAGAGACAGUCAUCAUUUAAUGGGGAUAGGUCAACUACCUCUCGUCUGAAUGUCACCUUUCUGAACUCUUGUCUGACUGCACUUUUGUACUAGAACUCCAGAAGGGGCAGCUAAUUGUAAUAACUAGUAGGACUCGAAAAAGAUUUUAGAUCACCGUCACAGGGCAUGCAGAUGUUAGGGCAUUACUUGUACUUGACAGAAAAACAAGAAGUAUUCCCUAUCACUCAAGGUAUGGCCUGACAGUGGGUAGAAUCGCUUUAAAGGCCGGAGGGCGAUCCAACCUACUGGAGGGCUGGGUUUGGAGGUGAUAUGGAACAUCAUGUGUUGUAUGAGAGAAAGAGAGAGAUUACAUUUAUAUAUUACAUUAUAUCAUGCUAACCUGAGGAAACUCAGGUUUAUCAAAGAAAAAAAAAAGAGCAAAAGAAGUGACAAUAAUGCAUUGCAUCAACAUUUCUAUUUGCCAAUUGAACAAAAGAACAAAGCCGUGCCAGUAUGGUUAAAAAAUGGCUAGUUUAUCCCAUUCUCACUGACAGAAUGUUCUUAUACUUUGUUUUGUCAAAGUUCUGCUAAAUGAUGGACACUUUCUAGAGCCUUGAUUGGAAUUCAUUUCUACCACAAAACAUAUUUAUUGACAACCACACAGGGUAUGCUGGUCUACUGCGAUGAUGGGGUUUUUGAACUGAAGUCUUUCAGCAAGUCUCAGGGUUUCAAGUAAACUAUGAAAAAAGGCCUUUUCAACCAAUUGUGUACAUUGUCUCAAAUUCAAAUUUUACCUUUGCCUGCACAAAAGUGUGGUCACUAAAUUUUAAUAACUAUUUAUUGACAUAUUUAUUGACUGUACUGUCCAGGGGGGGUGCAAUGAGUAUCUUAUCAGCUAAGAGGCGCUUUGGUGCAGCAUACUUGUCUGGUGGGAUUGUCCUCUCCAGUCAUAAUGAAGCAUUUGAAAUUGGUCAUCAAAAGGCUAAAAUGCAGUUUUUUUCAUGAUGUAUAAAAAUGAAGCUAUAGUGUACUAGCUAGAACAGUUUUGCCACCAAAGCUCUCUUCUUAAUAUAUACAUUGUACACACUGAUCAUGACAGCAAAGAAAGUUGGGAGUCUUGAAACAUACUGGAAGGCAAGUAGAGCGAAAUAUCAGGAGAAAACUUAAUAUUAGUCUGUGUAACACAAACUCCGCUGUCCAGGGCUGUAACUAGGGGGCCGGUGGAUAUUUGGCGGGCUGAUAUAAGCGGGAUUUUAUCAGGCUAACUUAAUAUCUGCCACAGUGGUAAACACAAUGAUUUUACAAAAUUGUACAUUUGUACCUGCAAAUUUGAGUGGUGAUUGGUAACAAAAAUCAUGAUGUAUUUAUACACAAUAAAGAAACAAGACUUACAGAUGCA